GCAACAGACACGCCCAGCUGAUUCACUUCGACCUGAGUGAACAAUCAGACUUUUAAAAACCAGUCAUGGAGUCUGAGGAGGACGUCUGUGCCUUCUGCCGCAUCAGGGACACCGACACGGACACAGAGAUCCUGCUGAGUGACGAGCAGCUGCUCUGUUUCCGGGACGUGAAGCCUGGAGCCACUCAUCACUACCUCAUCGUUCCCAGGAUGCACAUCGACAACUGUAAAGCUCUGCAGGGAACCGACGUCCCGCUAGUGGAGCAGAUGGAAAACAUGGGGUGGAGGAUACUGGAGAAGAAUAAAGUCGGGGACCUGGAUGACGUCAGGAUGGGUUUUCAUAUUCCUCCGUUCUGCUCCGUCCCACACCUCCACCUCCACGCUCUGGCUCCAGCCAGUAAGAUGAGCUUCAAGUCACAGCUGCACUACGGGCCACAGUCUCACUGGUUCAUCACAGUAGAUAAAGUGCUGUCUCAGCUGAAGACUCGCGGGAAGGUAAAAUGAAGAGAAACAAAGCAUCAACAUUUACAUGUUAUUUCCUGUCAUGUAGCUCUGCUCAUUUUAAUUUUAAAUCACUUUUCUAUCUGACUCAACAUGUUUUUUUAUUAAUGAGUUUAAAUGAUCGGUAGUCGUCCACACUGCAUGUGGAUUCAGUUGGUGAAAGCUGGAAAAGGUCGACCUUUCCUUUCACCAUGAAAUGCCAUUUGGUGUGACUAUCAACACAUCAAUGAGGGGAUAAUUACAUCUUAUCACCUAAUUAUAUCUGUCUGAUAUCUUCAGGGUUUGAAAAUCCCAUAUUUUAAGCCAUUUAAUUGUUUAAUAAAGGAACAUUUAAAAAACCUCACAAA